AUGCGGCGCCCACGUCCUCCGCCGGCGACGUCCACCGUCAGCUGCGCCGUCCUGCGAGGGAAGCAGCACGCAGCAAAUGCAGCGCUAGAAGCAGCAAACAGCAGGCACGCAUGCGCAUGCACCAGCUGGCCAAACCAAACAGCAACACCACAGCGCAGUGGCACACAGCAGCAGCAGCAACCUGCGCACCUCCACCCGCGCCCAGCUCAGUCGCGACGCGCUGCUCCACCUCGGGCUCCUGCUGCACCGCCCGUACCUCCGGCUGCUGCAGUGCCGGCCGCUGCACCGCUCCUGCUGUGCGCCCUGCGCGUCCUCCGACACGCGCCGGCUUCGACCGCCGCUGUCCACUGCGCCCCGCUGGCUCCGUGCCCAGGCCGGCUCGUCCGCGGCCGGCUCCGUGCCACACGCGCCCGUUCCGUCCGCGCUCAACUACGCCGCGCCCCGCACGUCACCGCCACGGCCUCCAUCCGCCCGCGCGCGCCAAGAACCUCCGUCGGCUUCAUCAUGCCACCUCGCCGGGCUAGCUCCCGCUGCACCACCGGCUUCAGCUGCGACGCGCCAUCUCCCGGCUACGCCACCGCGGCGUCUUCUCCGGCCGCCGCCUCCAGCAGCUCCGGCUGCGCCUGCCACGGCCAACUCGGUCGCCCGACCGCGACCGCAUGCGCGUCGCAACUCCGGCUGCACCGCGCGCUCUCCUCGGCAUCCGUGCGAAACCCAGGCCGGCUUCGACGCCUCGCCGUGGCCAACGCACCUGCUCCCUCGCCAUCGUCCGGCUCAUCACCCAUGCCUGGUCCAGCUCGGCUUGCCAUUUCCUCCGGCUGCUGCGCACUGCGCCCGCCGGCCGCCGCGACCAUCUCCGGCUUCGCCCGCGCCCAGCGCGCCCUCCGGCUGCGCCCCCACGACCAACUCCGGCUGCGCGUCGCCUCCACCAGGCCGGCUGCCGCGCACGCUAGCGCCGGCUGCCGCGGGCGCCCCGGUACAUCUCCGGCUCGGCCCCCGCCAACCGGCUUCCUCGCGAACACCGCUCUGCUCCGACUCCGCCUCAUGCCCGCGCGUCGACCACCUGCGGCCUCCGCCAGCUGCGCCCGCCACGGCCGCCCUCGACCGGCACGCGCGCCCGACUCCCGGCGCCGCCAGCGCCGCUACUCCACCGGCUGA